AGUUUUCGUUCGUCACUUUAAAUUUGCUAGCGAGACUCCAUAGUGACAUCCGGCAUGAGACUCCACGUCUUUGUUUUGUUUUUAUUCGUUCCUCUGAGUAGUGCAACUACGGUGCCCUUUGAGGAUUGCGGAUCGCAUUAUUAUAUCGAGAGCGUCGAAAUUUCUGGGUGCAAUAAUUAUCCCUGCAUAUUAACAAUUGGUUCUACUUACAAUUUCACACUGGCCAUGCAAGCAUCAGAUGAUCAUAUCAAUCUGAGGUCUCUCAACGAAGAAGUAUAUUUUAAAGUGAAUCAUGUGCGGAAGCCCGCUUUCGUGACCUCUGAUCCCUGUUUGGACAAUGGGAACAUGUACAGCACUGGAAACACUUGCGCGCCACAGAGCGGCCAGACCGUAUACUACAAAGCUGAACUCGCUGUGAACGCGCUGCCACCUCUACCAGCCGUGCUAUACUGGACAUUGAAGAAUUCCCAGGAGAUUCUAGUGUGUUACAAAGUCACCGUCAUACUUCAGUCGUAAAUGGAUUUGAUUAUAAGGACGCCGAAAUCGAAGUUCAACGAGAUGCUUGCUAAUAAUUAAGGAAUAUAAAAUUCUAACAAGUGACGUGAAUAAAUAUCUAUAAUCGUGCAUCUAUAUGUAAUAUACAGAUACAAAACUCUGUUCUAAGUGUUUAUAUGGAAUUGAUAAUAAUAAUUGGCGAAACUAC